CGCGGGAAGAUGGCGGCAGCGGCGGCGGCGGCGGCGGCGGCCGAGCAGCAAAGUUCCAAUGGUCCUGUAAAGAAAUCCAUGCGAGAGAAGGCUGUUGAGAGAAGAAAUGUAAAUAAAGAGCACAACAGUAACUUUAAAGCCGGAUAUAUUCCGAUUGAUGAAGAUCGGCUGCAUAAAACCGGAUUGAGGGGGAGAAAGGGCAACCUAGCCAUCUGUGUGAUUGUCCUAUUGUUUAUCCUGGCUGUCAUCAAUCUAAUUAUUACUCUUGUCAUCUGGGCUGUGAUUCGCAUUGGACCAAAUGGCUGCGACAGCAUGGAGUUUCAUGAAAGUGGUCUUCUUCGAUUUAAGCAAGUAUCUGACAUGGGAGUUAUUCAUCCUCUGUAUAAGAGCACAGUAGGAGGAAGGCGAAAUGAAAACUUGGUCAUCACUGGCAACAACCAGCCUAUUGUUUUUCAGCAAGGGACGACAAAGCUCAGUGUAGAAAAAAACAAAACUUCCAUCACAAGUGAUAUUGGUAUGCAGUUUUUCGACCCAAGGACUCAAAAUAUCUUGUUCAGCACCGACUAUGAAACUCAUGAGUUCCAUUUGCCAAGCGGAGUAAAGAGUUUGAAUGUUCAAAAAGCAUCUACUGAAAGGAUUACCAGCAAUGCUACCAGUGACUUAAAUAUAAAAGUUGAUGGGCGUGCUAUUGUGCGUGGAAAUGAAGGAGUAUUCAUCAUGGGAAAAACAAUUGAAUUUCAUAUGGGUGGAAACAUGGAAUUAAAAGCUGAAAACAGCAUCAUCCUAAAUGGGACUGUGAUGGUCAGCACAAGCCGUCUACCCAGUUCCUCCGGUGGAGAGCAGCCAGGGGGUGACUGGGUGCGCUUCAAGCUCUGCAUGUGUGCCGAUGGGACACUCUUCAAGGUGCAAGUGACCAGCCACAACAUGGGCUGCCAGAUCUCAGACAAUCCUUGUGGAAACACACAUUAGAAGAACUCUAGAGGUCAUCAGUAUAUUCAUAUCUUGCCUUUUUAAAAAAUAUGCAUGCAAAUCAUGUUUUUACAGAGUUUGUGAUAACUCGUAAUUAUUUUACCUGGAGGCCACUAAUGUAUUAUGUAGUCUCCAUAAUUAAAAUAUUUUUCAGUGCCUGAAUUCUAAUGGAUUUUAUUAAGUUGCACUGGUCUUCAAAAGGCCAGUUCCCUAAAUAAUUUAGUUAAUAAAAUCAGAGUUCAUCUUUAAAGAGUAUUUUUUAAAUUUUUCUAUCCCUUAUCUAAAAGAUAAAGGGCUGAAACAAACUUUUCAGACUCACCAUCAGUCAGCUUUUGGAGAUACACCAUCAAAGAUGUUUAAAAGAUACUCCAUCAAUGCUUCAUGCUCUGUUUUGGCUACUAAAAGGAAAGAUGCAUGUUUUGAAUGCAUUAAUCUUGAUCCAUACCCUUCCAUGCAAGUGAAGUCAUUAAGAAAUUUUAUAGGUGUAAGAUAGUAAGAAAGUAUCUUAAAAUCUAGGAUUUCUUAGUUUUGCACUAAAAAGAUACUGUUCUGCAAUAGAAUGUUUAUUUAAAAUAAUGGUAAUAAUUAAGUGCGCACAAUGUGUUAGGCAUUAAAACACAAUGUCAGCUUUGACUUUUAAGUAAUAAUGAUACCUGCCGUUCACAGAGCACCUUCUAGUUCCUAGGCAUUGUCCUAGGCAUUGUGUGUUAGAAUCUCUCAUUUGCACUGCAGUUCUGAAGUUGGUGUUAUUGUUCCAUCUUUUCCCAUUAGGUAACUGAGGAACAGAGAAGUUAAUUUGCCUCACAGCACAUAGUAAAUAUGGGAUUUCAAAUGCCAUAUUAUUUCUUUUACUAUUUGUACUAAUUUUCAAUUACUUAAAACUUCUGAAAGAUUGAAUAAAAAGACUAAACUUAACUAAUCAGGUAAUAAGUAAUAAUCAAACCCAAAAAAAAUCUGUGCUACUCUAAAGAUAAAAUUCCUGUCAGACAAAAAAAAUAAAAAACAAUCAUUAGACUCAAAAUAUUCAGUGGGAAGAUCUUAUCAACCUUCUUGUGCAGUGGGCCUCCUUACAUAAGUACCUGAGUGGGUUAAAGAGGUACCAGGAUAUUUAUGCAGCUCAGUGGGAAGUGAGAAGGCAGUUGUUUCAGACAA